GUAACGUUGGGGCGGUCGCACGGGAGACACACGUGUUACACGAGCAGCAGCGCGGCGCGCGAGCGCGAUGGAGUCGGCGUCGGCGUCGGCGUCGGCGACGUUCUCGCGACGGACGAGCGCAGCAGUUUUCGAGGGCGAAGACCGGCCGUGUUAGUCGACGGGAUCCGCGAGGGAUCGACUUCCGGCGAGUCGGAAGCACCCUGACGCCGGCGUGUCCGUUCCGUUGCGCUGCGUAUCGCGGACGCGUCCCGCGGAAGUUCCCGCCGUCGAAAACGACGGAGGCCUCGGCGGCGGCGGCAGGUGUGUCGUUCGCACUCGACUUCGCGCUGGACUCGUGUAAUCGAUGAGUCUUUCGCUCGAAACCGCGGCACGCGGAAAUGCCCAGGCGCUCUCGCGCGCUCUCUCGCUCUCGCUCUCGCUCGCUACCCUCUUUUACGCUCUAUUUUUCGCCCGUGCGACAAGUGAAAGCCUUGGCCGGCAAGGCUGUCGGGGUUGAUUCUUCUGGUUGUUGUGCCGCUCGACGCGGAUGUGGCCGCGGUGUCGAUGAACGACCUGGUCGUUGCCGGACGACUCGGGAUGUCGGUGUGUGUCGAUUGUGCGAGCUGAUUUCUGUUGACUCGGCUCGGCUGGUGCCUCGGCGGAAAAUUCAUUUCGCUCGUGGCUGCGCGGCUCGAGCGCGCCCGGAGCGCUUCCGCACGGUGGAUCCUCUCCACGUCGAUAUCAAUCGCAGACGAUGCAACUAAGAAUAGUCGCGUAGGCGAGCAGCGAGGCACGCCGUCGUGGAGCCUAGCAGGAAGCUAGAAAAAGCUGGGAAACUCGGAACGGCCGCUGCUCAUUAGUUGUCGUUUCGGGGGAAAGCGAGUCGACAGAGUGCUGAGAGCGCGCGUCGGCGCAUGAAAGGCAUGCCCCGCUCAACGCAUGGUGCAUUGCCUCUGUUUGCGCUCGUUAAUCAGUUCAAUUGAAUAACGUAUUAAUACAUCGGGGUCACCGCGAGGGGUUAAUCGCAAUGUCCACGCCGGACACGAUGGAUACUAUCGACGAGGCGGAGCAAGCGUGGCAUGAGAUGCUGGAGUGCGAGACCGGGUCCCUUUUGGGUAGAGUGGCCGACCUCGAGAGGCAGUCGUUGGCGCAGAGGGAUGAGAUAGUAUGUCUCCGCGCCACUCUGGCGGACGCGCUAAGGCGGAUCGCCCAGCUCGAGGGCAGAGAGAAGCGCGAGGAGGAGAGGAACGAGAGGAGAAACGAGAGGCUGGUGUCCUCGCCGUUGAGGAACGGCCACGUGCCUCUCAGGAGUAGUCAAAAUUCGGUGCCACAAAAGGACCCGAGGCUGCGCCAGACAGGUGGUCUCAGGAAUUCCUCUUCCUCGGGAUCGUCGCAGGACGUCCGUGACGCGACGUCCAGUCCGAGGCGGCCUGUCAGUUACGUGCAUCCCUCUCAACUACCCCAAAGAAGAUCCGUCCAUUAUCAGUCAACAGGAUCUUUACAUUCGGAUAGCCCGAGUAGUAGUAGCGUCUCUCCGGUGCCAUCGCCAAGCCCUAGAGCUACACCACUGCCUGUAGCCAGAUCGCCCACUGCAAGAUCAAACGGACCGCCGCAGAGCAGCCUGAGAAGAGCGAAGAGAUGGUCGUCCACCGGCGAUUUUACACACUCGCCGCAAAAUCAGGGAAGCAAUUCCCAGCUCGUCGGUAGCAGAUUGUCCGCAUCCACCAAGUCCCUGUUCAACCUGUUCAAGCCACCGGCCAUGAACAACGUCAAGCACGGCACCAGAGACAUGCAGUACAACGAGGAGGAAAGCACCGUUCGCAUGUACCUGCGCGGCCGACCGGUCGUCCUUUACGUACCCACGCCUAUGAUGGAAUCCUACGAUCUUCAUAAAGUCAGCACGCCGCCCCAGAGCAAAUUGAAGCUCGACUGGGUCUACGGGUACCGGGGCCGGGACUGCCGUAGUAAUUUACACCUGCUGCCGACCGGCGAGAUCGUAUACUUCGUCGCGGCGGUGGUCGUUCUGUACAACAUGGAGGAGCACAGCCAGAGGCACUACCUGGGUCAUACGGACGACGUCAAAUGCAUAGCGAUCCAUCCCAACAAACUGGUCGUCGCGACGGGGCAAGUAUGCGGAACGGAUCGCCGAGAUGCUAUGCCGCACAUCAGAAUAUGGAACUCGGUGAGCCUGACGACCUUGAGCGUGAUCGGCAACGGUGAGUUCGACGGGUCGAUCUGCUGUCUGUCGUUCUCCAAGGCCGACGGCGGGAAUUACCUGUGCGCCAUCGACGAGACCGCCGACCACAAUAUAUCGAUUUGGGAUUGGCAGAAGAGCGACCGCGGCACCAAAGUCACCGAGACGAAGUGCUCCGUCGACACGGUGGUUUGCGCCGAGUGGCAUCCGCUGGAACGGAACCAGAUCGUAUCUUGCGGCAAAGGACACGUGUCCUUCUGGUCCUUGGACAAUGGCGGCAUGCUGUACAAGCGUAUGGGCAUCUUCGAGAGCAGGGACAAGCCCAGGUACGUCACCUGCGUCGCCUUCAAUCAAAACGGCGACGUCCUCACCGGCGACAGCAACGGCAACAUCAUCGUCUGGGCCAGAGGUACUAACACAAUCUCGAGGUUAGUGAGAAAUCUCCACGAAGGAUCCAUCUUCUCCAUAUGCGUUCUCAAGAAUGGCAACAUCAUCACGGGCGGCGGGAAGGACGGCAGGAUUUUGCAUUUCGACGCGACUUUAAAUUUGACCGGCGAGGAGGCGCAGAUCGAGGAUCACUUUGGUGGGAUCCGAACGCUCUCGGAGGGAAGAGGCUCCCAAUUGCUGGUCGGCACGACGCGAAAUUGCAUUCUCGUCGGCGACGUUGAAAUGGGCUUCAACCCGGCCAUGUUGGGUCACGCCGAGGAGGUUUGGGGACUCGCGGCCCAUCCGACCCUGCCUCAAUUCGCCACCGCUGGGCACGACAGAUUGUUGCAAAUGUGGGACAGUCUGAGCCACACCGUAGUGUGGAGUAAAGACAUCGGGGAGCAAGCGCAGAGCAUUGUCUUUUCCCCGGACGGCAACGUCAUAGUCGUCGGUUGCGUGUCCGGGAAAUGGCUCGCUAUUGACAGCGAGACGCGAGAAUUGUACACGCACCACAGUGAUGGUUCCGAACCUCUACAGGCCGUGCAAUUCUCGCCCGAUGGUUCUCUGCUCGCACUGGGUUCCAGAGACAAUUACAUUUACAUCUACCAAGUGAACGACGACGCGACCAAGUACAGUCGAGUCGGACGGUGUAUGGGUCAUUCGAGUUUCAUAACUCAUCUGGACUGGUCCGUGGACGGUCAGUAUCUGCGCAGCAACAGUGGAGACUACGAAUUGCUAUACUGGAAUCCCGGCGUGUGUCGUCAAAUUCCACAACCGUCAAUGCUGAGGAACGUUGACUGGGCGACCCACACCUGCGUGAUAUCCUUCGAGACCAUCGGCAUCUGGCCGGAAGGUGCCGACGGGACCGACGUGAACAAUUGCACGCGGAGCGGCGACGGCAAACUCCUGGCUACCGGCGACGACUUUGGCAAAGUCAAGUUAUUCUCCCACCCGGCGUGUCAGCCGAAGUCACUCUACCAUUCCUACGGCGGUCACUCGAGUCACGUGACAAACGUGUCGUUCCUGCAGGACGAUUCCCGGCUGGUAUCGACCGGCGGCGCCGAUACCAGCGUUCUCCAGUGGAUAGUCAAUUGAGCGAAUAGUCCUUAAAGGAGCGGAUAACUUUUCCAAGUGCACUUCAGAGGAUAAUCGAACUGAGAAGAGGAAGGAGGGGGGGGGGCGGGGGGAUUCAUCGACGCGUCGCUUGGGAUGGAAAGGAACGAGCAUGCUCUUCGCCGCGUCAUCUACUUAAUCGCCGUGAUCGGGAGGAUCCAAACUAACGACGAUUUCGAUACCUCGCGGAUUUCUCGACGCGCGCUUUAUCUUCGUUCGAGUCGGGCGAGUUGGACUCGCGCGAGUGGAGCGGGUGUCGCGCGCGCGUGCGAUUCGCAUCGUCUCCUUCACCUACCUACCGGUAUCGGUAUCGGUGUGAUGUGGCACCGGCCACGUUUCUCUUUACAUUCGUGUCCAAUUAUCAACGCACCGUAUCAACGAGCGCCUGUCUCUGAGCGCGAUCAACGUUGUGCUCUGCUCUGAGUCUGCUUUCAUUCAAGGGUGCUUUACGUUCAAAGGUGCUGCUUUUUAUUCUCCUUAAGCAAGCUUCUUAAUUCGCCAACAAAUUCGCCGGUAAAAAGCUUCUCCCAGACGCUCGAUUUUCAUUCGCUAGCGUCUAAAAUUCAGAAGUCGCGGCGUCUGGUGAUUAAAGCUCAACAACAAAAGAGUUCAACUUUAUCGCGCCUUAAAAAUUUUAGCCGCUAGCGAACAAAAAUGCGUUGCUCAGGAGAAGCUUGCUCAGAACGAAUAAAAGAAGCACCGCGUAAAAAAUUGCCCUUAAUCGGACGAACGACGAUUUUUGCACGGCAAUCGCGAUUUUUGCCGCGUGCGCCUUUCCUCUGUCUCUUGGUUUCCUGCGAUUGCAGCACGACUGUUCGAUAUUUCUAUACGGCGCGAUCCGUCGCUCUCGUUGGUGAUUUAUACUACGAGCUAAGCGAGUAAAAUAAUUUAGUUUCCCUUGUUCUCUUUGCUUUUGGUUUUCUCCUUCUCGAUCGGCUUCAUAUGCAUACGUACACUUUACGAAGCUUUUUACACGAGUGGGGUCCUUAAACAUCUCCAAACGAUUAAAUGUCAUCCCCACUCUCUUCAUCCCCGUGAACAUGUACGCGCACACGCACACGUACGUGCGAGAUCCGUCGUGUAUCGAUCUCGCGCGCGCGCGCGCGCGAGAGAAAUGCCCAAAUGCGCGGACCACUGUUAACGCGGCGGCCGAGCUUCGGUCGGACGACGAUAUCUCGCUCGGCUCGCAACCGAGAUCGGCUCGGUAUAAUUUAAGGAAAAUGUACUUUGCAACGUCACCCGCGCAAUGUGGCGAAGGUACUCUCGCAUCGCGUUCUAACAUAGUGUUUCGAUACUCGAUACUUUCGCUUUCUCGUACUUCGCGCCGGCGCGGCGACGUUGCGAUUAUUUAUUUUUCAUACUCGACAACAGACGAAGGAAAGCUUUCCAAGCGAUUAAUUUAAGAAGCUAGAUGUUUAGAGAGAAGGAUUAUACCGAGAUACACAUAAGUAUGUAUACACGUAUAGUUUCGUUAUAAAUAUAUGUUACUGCAUAACGAUACACGCAUUUCGCGCGACUGGCCGAUCAAGCUGCGCAUCCGAGGAAAAUCCUUCGACGAUUUCGGCUCGCGCGUCAAGAGUCACACGCACACGCAUGUACGCGCGUACGUACGUACCUCACAUGUGUGCGCGAAGUAUGAAACCGAAAAGCCACCUGCCUCUCUCGAGCUAUUCCGGAUACAUUUUGAACGCGAUUGAAGACGAAUCUCGAGCGGACAAGCAAGCGCUUCUUCUUCUUCUUCUUCUUCUUCUUCUUCUUCUUCUUCUUCUUCUUCUUCUUCUUCUUCUUCUUCUUCUUCUUCUUCUUCUUCUUCUUUUUCUGCGACGAGAACGCAUCGAAAGUAACUAGUCGUGGACGAAAAGAUCGCGAGGCGCCCCGCGCAUUUUCAGGAGGGGGCGGGGGCAGGGAAACAAGAAAACACGAAAAACAGACACGGAGAAACGCAUCGUCGCAAAGCCGCAAACCAACUCACAGUGCCGUAUUAUGCCGUCCAAUAGGAAAGUACGUAGCGUUAUUAAUUCGCGACUCGACGGGUGGUGCUUUCGACGCGCGAUUGUCACGGCGGUUCGACGAGCGAGUAGGUAUAUUAUUACGAUUGCGGUAGGAUAAGUUGCGAGAGAGGAUAAGACGAAGAAAGAAAGAAAGAAAGAAAGAAAGAGAGAGAGAGAGAGAGAGAGAGAGAGAGAGAGAGAGAGAGAGAGAGAGAGACACGACGGGAGAAGGAAUAGAGAAGGAAAGAAGUACUUUUCGUACACGCUCGAACACGGUGAAUGUACGUUUAUCGCCUUUUUCCACGUAUUUUGCGGUCACAUAAUUUGUGCCGUCUCUUCUACCCCCCCCCUUGCCUCCUCUACUCCACCCUGCGCCUACUUUCCGCCUACCACCGUUCUCCUCUAUUUUGGCAUCAAUCCAAUCUUACCAAAGUCUUAACAGAGCAAUGAUAAUCACUUUAUUUUCACUCGUCGUCAACGUGUAAGAUAUAUCUAUAUAUUUUAUUUAUGUCCACGGUAAAAUAUAUACGCGUGUAUGCGUGUAUGCAUUAUGUAUGUAUCUUCGAGACAGAUAAAAUAAAUCGUCCUCCCGAGACAA